UGCUCACAGAGAAACAACAAAAGCCUUCAUACAUGAUUCGACUUUUUCUGCCUUCAACUACCCUCAUAUCCUUCAACAGGAAAAUGAGACCCCCACAACUUGGUCUAGUUAGGGAACACAACAUUCUGUUCCUUAAAGGCUUCAUGAUCCUGUUUUUCAGUUUCAUAACAAUCCGACUUAACUUCUGUGUUUCCAGUAUCCCUUAUUCAUUAAAAUCACUUCCCCUGGAAGGUCACUUCAACUUUGAUGAUGUUAGCCAUGCAGCCAGGGAUUUUGGCAACAGGUACCAAUAUUAUCCAAUGGGUGUUCUGCAUCCGAAAUCAGUAUCUGAUAUUGCAACCAUCAUCAAGCAUAUCUGGCAGAUGGGUCCUAGUUCCCAGCUUACAGUUGCAGCCAGAGGUCAUGGCCACUCACUCCAGGGACAGGCACAAGCUCAUGGAGGAGUUGUGAUCAAUAUGGAAUCGCUCAAGUCCCCUGAAAUGCAGGUUUAUACAGGAAAUUCUCCGUAUGUGGACGUCAAUGGUGGCGAGCUGUGGAUAAACAUCCUGCGUGAGAGUCUAAAAUAUGGGUUAGCACCAAGAUCUUGGACAGAUUACUUGCAUCUGACAGUUGGUGGUACCCUGUCUAAUGCUGGAAUCAGUGGGCAGGCAUUUCGUCAUGGUCCCCAAAUAAGUAACGUUCAGCAGCUGGAGAUAGUAACAGGAAAAGGGGAGGUGGUAAAUUGUUCUGAGGAGCAGAAUGGUGAACUCUUUCACGGUAUACUUGGAGGGCUUGGUCAGUUUGGCAUCAUAACCAGGGCAAGAAUAGUCCUCGAACCAGCACCUUCUAAGGUCAAAUGGAUUAGAUUGCUAUACUCAGAUUUCACAGCAUUCACGAGAGAUCAGGAGAAGUUAAUAUAUUCAGAAGGCAAAUUUGAUUACAUCGAAGGAUUUGUGAUAAUAAACGGAACUGGUCUGCUAAACAACUGGAGAUCAUCUUUCAAACCACAAGACCCAGUUCAAGCCAGUCAGUUCAAAUCAGAUGGAAGAACUCUCUUCUGCCUAGAAUUGGCCAAAUACUUCAAUCUGGAAGACUCUGACGCAAUAAAUGAGGAAGUUGAAGAGCAUUUGUCCCACUUAAACUAUAUACCAUCAACACUUUUUCUAACAGAAGUCACGUAUGUUGAUUUCUUAGACAGAGUUCAUGUCUCUGAGGUCAAAUUGCGGUCAAAAGGCUUGUGGGACGUUCCACACCCGUGGCUCAAUCUUUUCAUACCCAAGAGCAAAAUACACGACUUUGCUGAAGGCGUCUUUGGGAAGAUCCUGACGGAAACAAGCAAUGGUCCAAUUCUUAUCUACCCAGUAAACAAAUCAAAGUGGGACAACAGAACUUCUGUAGUUAUCCCUGACGAAGACACUUUCUACUUAGUGGCAUUUCUGACCUCUGCAGUUCCUUCUUCCAAUGGACCUGAUGGCCUACAACAUAUUUUAACUCAAAAUAAAAGGAUUCUAGAAUACUGUGAAAGUGCCCGUCUUGGGGUAAAGCAAUAUUUGCCCCACUACACUACACAGGAAGAAUGGAGGGCCCACUUUGGUCCUCAGUGGGAAGCAUUUCUGCAGAGAAAAUCUGAUUAUGACCCAUUGGCAAUACUUGCUCCUGGCCAACGUAUAUUUCAAAAAGCAAUAUCCUUCUAUUGACCGCAGCAAUUGUUAAUUUGCUAGAGAAGCCGCCUUUGUAUGCAGUGUAACACAGAAGGUAGAAGGGCUGACUGAGAUCUGGUCAACAGAGGGGGCCAAAUACUAAAUGAUUUAGAUUUUAGGUAGUAGAUUAAAGUAGACAAUUUAGCGCUAGGAAGCAUGUAUAUAUCAAUUUUGUAAACAAACCUCUUCUAUUAUUUUUUUUCUAAUCUAGUGUAGCCGGUUUUAAUUUAAAGA